AUAUUUUGUAUUUUGUUGUGACUUGUGUUUACUUUUUGUAAUAAUGAUAAUUUUUCAUAUUAGAAUGUUAACAAUUUCUGUGUUUUGAGCUGUAAUAGUGUAGAGGACAAUAGCAGCUAUGGUGUGGGACUCGGCGACGUUCUUGGGCGCUCUGACGCCAAAAUUCUAUGUGGCUCUAACCGGCACUUCAUCACUAAUAUCUGGACUUAUCCUGAUCUUCGAAUGGUGGUAUUUCAGAAAAUAUGGCACCUCCUUUAUAGAACAAGUGUCGCUAACACACUUGGGGCCAUGGUUAGGCGGCGGCAGUUCAUCGAGCAGCGAGCCUGAGGGAGUGGAGUGCAAGGUCUGGCGAAACCCCAUGUCGCUGCUGCGCGGUGCUGAGUAUGGCCGCCUCUGGAGCGUGGCUCGCCGAGCACCACUUACUUACUAUGACAUGAAUCUGUCCGCGCAGGAGCACCAGGCGUGGUUCGGCGGCGGGUCGGGGUCGACGGGCGCGGAUGAGGCGCUGGCGCGGGCGUGGCGCGAGCGCGAGCCCGCCGCCCGCGUCGCGUGCGCGCGCGCCGCCCUCGCCCUGCGCCCCGACUGCGCCGCCGCGCUGCUGCUGCUGGCCGAGGAGGAUGCGCCCACCGUGCUGGAGGCCGAGCGCGUCCUGCGCCGCGCCUGGCGCUGCGGCGAGGCGGCGUGGCGCGCGCUCGCGGCGGCGGGCGCGGCCGGCGCGGCGCGGCGGGAGGCGGCCGUGCUGGCGCACGUCAAGCGGCGCGUGGCCAUGUGCGCGCGCCGCCUGGGCCGCCUGCGCGAGGCGGCGCGCCUGUUCCGCGAGCUCGCGCGCGACGCCCCGCCCGCGCUGCACGCGCUCGCGCCGCACGAGAACCUUCUCGAGGUGCUGCUGGAGCAGCGCGCCUGGGCGGACGCGGCGGCGCUGCUGGCGCGCCACGACCCCGAGCCGGCGCCGCGCUCCGCCACGCUGGCGUACACGGCGGCGCUGCUGCGCGCGCGCGCGGUGCCGCUGGCGGCGACGGCGGCGGCGCGGCUGGCGGCGGAGGCGGCGGCGCUGGAGUCGCUGCGGCGCGCGAUCCGCUACAACCCGCACGUGCCGCCGUACUUGCUGGAGCUGCGCGCGCUGACGCUGCCGCCGGAGCACGUGCUGCGGCGCGGGGAUAGCGAGGCGCUAGCGUACGCGUUCUGCCACCUGCGGCACUGGCGCGCGUGCGAGGGCGCGCUGCGGCUGCUGGCGCUGGCGUGGGGCGCGGCGGAGCGGGCGGCGGCGCGGGGCGCGGGGUGGGGCGCGUGCGGCGCGUGCGCGGACCGCGAGCUGCUGCCGGCGCACCACUGCGGCUGGGGCGGGCGGCGCGCGCCGGCGCUGCUGCCGCUGGCGGCGGCUCUGUGCGCGGGCGCGGCGCUGCUGGCGCUGUUGGCGCACCGCUGGCCGGCCGCCGCCGCCGCCGCGGCCGCCGCGCUGCACCCCGCACGUCUGCUGCGUCUGGUCGCCGCGCUCUAGAUUCUAGAACCCGCAUCGUAUUGUAAUGUGACUUUGUGUUGAGAAGCAGAUGCGGUCUAAUAAUAUGAAAGUGGUCCCUUUUUCAAGAGGGAAAUCGAGGCUGCGUUUCCACCAGAGAUGUGUUGCGAGGAUUUU